AUGACUACGAUCAAGACCCCCGAAGCUAUUUCCACGUUAUCUGUGCGGGCCCAAGAGCUUGCAAAACCUGAUGAGGACAAGAGUCCCAUCUGGGAUAUUUACAACAACCAAUGGCACCCUCAAAAUAACCCUGAAGGUUAUGUAAGUCUCGGAGUCGCCGAGAAUGUUUUGAUGAGAGACGAGCUCCAGGAUUACAUCAAUCGGACGACCAAGGUGACUGGAGACGCCUUCACAUAUGGAGAUGGCCCAACGGGUAGCAAGAGAUUGAGAAAGGCUGUUGCAAGAUUUCUCAACAGGAGAAUCAGUCCUGAGGCACAGCUAACCUUCGAACAUGUUGUCAUCACCAACGGUGUUUCCCAUGCCAUUGAACAUGUUUCAUGGGCUUUUUGCAAUCCAGGUGAUGGGUUUCUACUGGGCCAUCCUUAUUAUGGUGCGUUCAUUGCAGACAUUGAACUCAGACCCAAUGUGGAUGUUGUCAAAGUGGCAUUCGACGAGAUCGACCCUAUGAGCCUUGCAGCAGUCGCGAACUAUGAAAAGGCAAUUCUAUCGGCGAGGGAGCGCGGUGUCACGGUCAAAGCUGUCAUGCUGUGCUCACCGCACAACCCACUUGGAAGAUGUUAUAGUCGCGAAACAAUAAUCGAGUAUUUGCGGCUUUGUCAGAAAUAUCAAAUUCAUUUUGUGAGCGACGAAAUCUACGCUUUUUCUGUAUGGAAGAACAAACACGACACCCAUCCACCACCUGUCGAGUUCACAUCGGUGUUAGCCAUUCCGUUGGAAGGAAUUAUUAAGCCUUCUUUGGUGCAUGUCCUGUAUGGUAUGAGCAAAGAUUUCGGUGCAAAUGGCUUACGUGUUGGGUUCAUCAUCUCUCAACACAAUCAAGCUCUACUCAAGGCUCUCGUCGAUGUUUCCAUCUAUUCCUACGCAUCUUCCGUGGCUGAGAUCAUUGCAGCCAACAUUUUGGAAGACGAUGAAUGGGUAGACGCCUUCAUCGAAACGAAUCAAUCCAAGCUAUCUGAAAACCACAGCUUUGUGGUCAAAUUCCUCCAAAGACACAAGAUUUCCUAUAGUCCAGGUUCAAAUGCCGCAUUCUUCCUGUGGGCGGAUCUUGGAGCAAAAUAUCUGCAGACGAAGGCGGCCACGGACAACAGUGAAGAUGUGACGAAGGAGGUAAUGCGCCUUUUGUUGAAGAACAAAGUUUUCCUCGCAAGCGGGUAUCAUUUUGGAGCUGAAACUGCUGGUCUGUUCCGGAUCGUCUUCAGUCAUCCCAAACCUUAUCUCGAAGAGGCUUUGGAACGUGUAAUUGAAGCGAUUGGGUUGAAGGAUUUGGAACUUGUUGCACUGCAAGGCAAAAUGUCAGUCACUGACGAGUAA